AUGGCAACCCCACCUUGGCAACAAAUCGCGGCCCAGAAACGGGACGAACGAGCACAGAAGAUUCCUGAAAAGUGGAGGAUACCACCAAGCUUCAAACCAUAUGAGGAUUGUGAAGAUGUGCAGGAUUGGCCAGAGACAUCAGGAUUCUUCACAGCUCAGGAGCUCAUCAUCACAGAGUCCACAGCCACUGAAGUGGUGACAAAGAUCGCGAGUGGAGAAUGGAAAGCAAAGGAUGUUGUGGAAGCGAUUUGCAAGAGAGCUUCCGUUGCUCAGCAGUUGGUCAAUUGUAUCACUGAGAUCUGCUUCGAUGAAGCCAUCCAGCGUGCUGAAGAGUUGGACGCCUACUUUGCGAGAGAAGGAAAAACAAUCGGCACACUGCAUGGCCUACCCAUAAGUUUGAAAGAUCAGUUCAACAUCAAGGGCUUGGAUACCACCAUCGGCUACAUAUCGAGAGCCAACAAGCCGGUGUCAGAAGAAUCCACACUCGUCACCCUGCUUCUGAACGCAGGUGCGAUUCUAUAUGCCAAGACGAAUGUUCCAGCGACCUUGAUGCGCGGCGAGACUGUCAACAAUGUAUUCGGCACAACGUGUAAUCCUCGGAACCGUAAGCUCACAUCAGGAGGCUCCUCAGGCGGAGAGUCCGCACUCGUCAGCUUCCGAGGCAGCUUCUUAGGCGUGGGGACAGACAUCGGAGGCAGCAUCCGGCACCCUUGCUCCUUCACCGGCCUCUACGGUUUGCGACCAUCUCACAGCCGUGUGAGCUAUCAGCGUGUAGCGAACACAUACAUGGGUCAAGAAGCCGUUCGGUCAUGUGCGGGGCCGAUGUGUAGAUCGCCAUCCGACAUUCUGCUUUUCUUUUCUUCUCUCACAGCAGAACAACCAUGGCGUUACGAUCCUCAGUGCCUACCCAUUCCAUGGAGGAUAGAAGAGGAAUCACUUCCUAAGCGAUUGUGCUUUGGUUUCGGCAUGGGAGAUGGCACCGUGACGCCGACUCCACCUCUCCGCCGCGCGAUGGAGAUGACGAAGAAGGCUCUACUUGCGGCUGGACACGAAGUGAUCAACUACAUUCCCUACGAACACAUCGAAGCCCAGGAAAUCAUCACGAACAUGUGGUCUGCAGAUGCCGGCGAGGAUUUCAAGCAAGAUAUCCAUGCCUCAGGCGAGCCCUUCCAUCCAGAGAUGAAGAAAUGGAUCGAUUGGAUGGACGCAAAGCCAAAGCCCACAGUCUUUGAAACUUGGCAGAACCAACAGAAAAGGGCAGUUCUCGCGACGGCUUGGCACGAGAGGUGGGAAGGGACGAAGAGCGUUACGGGAACGGGGAGACCGAUUGAUGGGCUCAUCAUGCCGAGUACGCCGUUUCCGGCCAUUAAACAUAAUGCGGGGUAUCCUCAUCAUUGGGGAGCUCUGUCUCCUCUACUUGAUCUAACUACGGGUGUGUUUCCUGUUACCAAGGUUGAUUUGGAGAUGGAUAUUGUUCCAGGGGACUGGAAACCAAUCUCGGAUUUAGACAAGAAAGUGAUGGAUCAUUAUGGCGGUCCUCAGGAACACGAAAACGCGCCAGUUGGCCUAGUGGUCAUCGGGCGCCGCUUGGAAGAAGAAAAAGUUGUGGCGAUGCUGGCCGUCAUCGCUAAAUCUCUCAGAGAAUAG